CUCUCUCUCUGUCUGUGUGUGCAUCUCUCUCUCUCUCUCCCACUCUCUCUCUCUCUCUCUUUUUUUCUCUCUCUCUCUCUCUAUUUCACAUUAACACAGGCCAAAUAAGACAGUGUAAAAUGUGAUAUUAAAAACAUUCUUUCCUUCCUUUAAACAGACCUGUAAUAUGAUGAGUGAUGAUUGUUUGUUCUUCCUGGUUACAGAUUCAGCAGGUCAUGGGGUAAAGCGGAAGUUUGACGAACUUGAUUCAUCGUCCACGUCAUCGCGGUCUGAUCAUUCGGACACGCCCAAGAUCUCACUCAGCCAGCUGCAGGAGCGCCACCUAGCGGCCAGGCAGAAGCUCACAUCCGCCACAAGUCAUUUAAAAUCUAGUGCAUUCGUCUUUCCCGAGACGCGGGACCGAGAGAGACAUCUUAGUCGUGAGUUUGUGGAACAGUUUCACGAGUCCGUUCUCCAGUCAACGAGACAGAAGGAACUGUCGGAAAGACUAGGCAGCUCAAGUUCACGGUCAGAUGACGGCUCAAGAACUCAUGAUCAAGCAGCAAACAGUUGCUUGCCGAGAAAUCUUUCAUCCAGUGAUACCCCCAACUCAUCUACUCAUUACCCACAGUGCUCAGACAGUCAAACCACGAAGUGGCCUGGUGUAGAGGCCGUCAUGGAGUCAUAUCACAGAUACCUACAGGAUCAGAAAUUAGAAAAACAAAUUCUCUUGGAGCGAUGCCGAUGGUUACAGUCCGAUAACCGGGAACUCAAUAAAAACGCGGAAAGAUUGAGUCACAGAAUGUCGACUUUGUUAGAAACCAAACAGAGAUCCGAUGAUGACAGAAACACUACCCAGAAUGCAAUAGACAAUCUAAAACGAAGUAUUAAGCACAUGAGAUGAUACGUCGUAGCAUAACGUCAUAUUCCUGGAGAAAAGACUCAUCUUUGAGCAAUUAAAUGAUAAUGGAUUACGACAGAAUAAUGGAAAAUAUGACACAAUUGAAAUAUUCUCCGUACAACCAAGUCCAGUGUAAUAAUGGAAGUCUAGGGGAGAUAACUCUGUGAUGCUGACAACUGAGGUUAUCAAAUAUAUCAACAGAUCUAGGUUUUAUUAUCAAGGCAGCUUAAAAACAGGGUCAUCCAGCUGUUGGCCUAAUGAUGGUGCCUACCGUCCUCGACAGCCCAUAUGGAUGAGGUGUGUGCCCAGGACAUUGUGCUUGAUCAUUAAUUGGAUGUAAGCUCAGAAAUCUGGUUACAAUACUAAUCACGACCCUGCAAGUGCAAGAUAGUUGAGGUGUGUCCAGGACAGCAUGCUUGAACUUUAAUUGGAUGUCAGCAUGGAAAUAGGUUACAAUACUACCCACAACAUGGCAAAUAAGGCUUAAAAUUCAUUUUGUGGAGUUGGAAGCAACAGUUGCUUGUCAAAUUUUAUUCUUGUUGAUGGAAAAAAAAUUCAAAAUGUCAAGUGUCAAUUUUAACAAAUGCUUGAUAUCCACUAACCAAUAAUGAAUAAAUCCAUGUGCUCUAAAGGUGUUGUUAAACAAAACAAACUUUAUCUUUCGUAGUAGACAAUAAUAGCGGGCUGUGAUUUCCUUUUCACCUGGUACUUCUAUUAAAUGAUAUUUCUGCUGUAUUGGUUUCACUCUCUUAAUUUAUCUGCCAUUAAUUGACCAUUUAGAUUACACCAAUGUGUUCAAACCAAAAUGGAUGUUAACUUUGUAAUAUCAUUCACAGAAGAGUACUCGUCAGUUCUGGGCACUCUUUCACACGCAGUACAAUUAUGGACUUGGAUGUUAUGUUUUGGAAACAUUAUUUACGAAGUAUUUGUCAUCUCUGUAGGCUAUGGGAAAACAAAUAUCAAUAUUCGAUAACCGAACAAUGAAAUGUGACAUUGCCAGGAAUACUUUCUCAGUUCGUUUUGUGUAUUUUAUUAACAAUUCCCUUUGUGGAAAUCAACCUGGAAAGGUAUUAUUUACCAUUUGUGUCAUUUGAUAUGAACAUUUAUUUUGCUUUAUGAUAAUUUAUGCUUCAUGUUCUACAAAUUUGUGUCAUUAUGCACAAAACUUUCUUGCGCAAUCUACCAAAUUUAUAAAUAUUUACAUACAAAAAUAUUGUGCUCAUAAAAACUGUCUGGACACCCAUUUUUCACCCAUCCCCAUUAAAUCAAUUCUUAACUUUCUGUGUGUUAAAAGUUUUUCUCUUUUAUUUAAACCUUGUUUAUAUAAUUAAUCUCAGGAGAUAAAAAAAAAACUUUUUAUAAAUCAGGUUAAAUUAUACAAGAUCUUAAUACAUUAUAUAUAUAUAUAUAUAUAUAAAUAUAAAUAUAAAUAUAAAUAUAAAGUCUGCACUUGUUUAUUUUUCUCUCUUUUUUUACUGAAAAUGCUGACAGGGGCCUUAAUUAAAUGGGUUUGAUGUAGUACUGUACAUGUAGCUAGCAAAUACAGGUCCUUUGCUUAUAAAACGUUUACAGUCUGGACUCAAACCUGUAAUAAAAUCUGAAACUUUAACGUCUUGGCUACGCCAUAUAAAGUGUAUGGGUGUGGCAUCAUUAAAGAUAGAAUCUAGACAGUUUUGUAAGCAUAGGCCCAGAUCCACCAAAAACCACUUGGAUUGCCUUGCCAGUAAUCGAGUCUAUAUUACUUAAGAAAAGUAGAAAUAUGCUUUAGCAGAAAAGUAAAUAAAUCAAUAAAAUUUUAAUGGUGCAUCUUGAUUGGCAUUAUAUUAUUCUGGUCUAGAUGUUUUGUUUAUGAACCAUAGUAACCAAUGCUUUAAGCAAAAAUUUCAAAAGUAUGUAUUUAUGAGAGAAUUCUUCUUGAUGAAGUUAAUGGAAUUUCGCUAGGCUAGACGGAGGUGUUGGUGCUUCAGUGAUGCAGUAGAUAAGGGAGGAUCUUAUCUAAAAACUGGGUCCUCUCCCCAGGGGAGUUCUGGAGUGAGGAGAAGGUUUUAGCCAUCUGUUUUAGUCAUCAAUAUUUGAUGUGAUCAGUAAAAUACACCUAUCUGUGAUGCUCUGUGGCCUUUUCUCAUUAUUUUAUCUACAAUCUCAACAGCUGGACAGUACAGUGGUGUUUUUUUAUGUGAACUUGUAUUUAUAACACCAAAAAACAUUGUAUACACAUUGGGAAAACAAAGGUAUAUAAAAAAAAGUGGUUACAUUUAAAAACAAUGCUUAAAGAUUGUCAUAUAUGCCUUGUACGACUUUCUCAGAACAAGGGUAUAUGAUGUGGAUACAUUUAGAAUCGAUGACUAAAGAUUGUUAUAUGCCUUGUAUGACUUUCUCAGAACAAGGGUAUAUGAUGUGGAUACAUUUAGAAUCGAUGCCUAAAGAUUGUUAUAUGCCUUGUAUGACUUUCUCAGAACAAGGGUAUAUGAUGUGGAUACAUUUAGAAUCGAUGCCUAAAGAUUGUUAUAUGCCUUGUAUGACUUUCUCAGAACAAGGGUAUAUGAUGUGGAUACAUUUAGAAUCGAUGCCUAAAGAUUGUUAUAUGCCUUGUAUGACUUUCUCAGAACAAGGGUAUAUGAUGUGGACACAUUUAGAAUCGAUGCCUAAAGAUUGUUAUAUGCCUUGUUUGAGUUACUAAGAACAAGGGUAUAUGAGGUGGAUACAUUUAGAACCAAUGCUUAAAGUUUGUUGUAUACUUUGGUUGAAUUACUGAGAUCAAGGGUAGACUGAUGGAGUGGUUACAUUCACAAACAUUUGUGCUGGGGUGUCGUUCAAUACAUUCACAACCAAUGCCUAAAGAUCAUCUUAUUUGAGUAGACCUGAACAUGGAUAUCUCAGAACAAGGUACAAGCAUCAAAAUAUGGUUUGAAGGAAACCUAAAAACUGGUACGAUACAAUAUUUAUUGUUGGAAAUGCAAAUAUGUUUAUACAGACCAUAUAAUUGUUUUCUGUGAAAACAAUCAUUUCCAUGCAGCAGAAAAUCUACUUUUAGCAAACCACAGAGAAUAUUUUAUAGAAGUGUGACAUCAUACUCGCCUGUGGCUGAUAACGCAUUUCAUGCAAUAUUUAUGAACUUGCUUAUUUUGAUAUUAAUGUGGUUAAUAAACACGGUAAAAAUAGAAUGUAUACUGAAACUCCCAUUGAAAAGGCACAACCCAAUUUUCACUUUCAGUUGUUACUGCCAGUGUGUAAGGUUGCUAUAAAACGCACAAUAACCCUAACUCUUGUGGACAAUUGUCGAGUUAUUUAUUGUCUACCAGAGUAUAUUUCAGUCAUAUAAAAUCAGUUAAAGCAACUUAAAUUUAUCAUUAUUUCUUUUCAUAUCUUUUACAACAACUACAAAUCUGAUGUGUUUUUAAUGGAGUUCAGUAUAUAACGAUCGUAUUGCUUCAGUUACGUUUUACGAGACAUGAACCAUCCUGUAGUGACAGAACCACCAUCAUAGUUUUCUCAUCUUGCUUCAUAACUUUCAUCAAUGUAAGAGUAGAACCAGUUUUUCUUAUUUUUAAUUUCAUAAUUUUACUAAAGUAUUCUGAAUGAACAUUUUCACCUCGUGCCACAUUUAUGAAAUUGGAAGGUACAGCUAAAAGUUUCCAGUUAAAUUUGUAUUUUAUAUACUUUAAUGAAAUAGUAAUGGUAUUCAGUAAAAUGAACAAACAUGGUCAGAUAAUUAAUUGUAUGUUAAAGGAAUUGUAACAGUUUAUGAUGAACAAAGCAUUUUUGAUGACUAAAAAUUACACAUUAAAGAUAGUUUCUUGUUUAGAAUAUCAGUUGUCGUCAUACUGUGUGUAGUAGACCAAAUCAGAUUUUACCUCGCAAUAAUUUCGUAUACACAAAGAAAUGUAAGAUGAAAAAUCGGGCCUUUGAAAAUUGUGAGAACGAUCGCUUGAAACUAAGUUUACCUAACCUAUUUUAUUGUUCGUGAGAAAUGUGGAUCACCAUUUAUUUGGAUAUAACACGUUAUGCAAAAAGGAAAUGGGUUACCUGGGUUUAUUUCUGCGUAACCGAUAAAUGGAUCACGCAGAUUUUCAGUUCUCGGAGUCACGAUCACAAACACAUUGGAUAUACAGACACUGGUAUUCUAAACAACAAAAUGCAUUUAAUAUGUCAUUUUAGUCGCCAACAAGGCUUCGGUAGUCGGAAAUAUCUUACAAUGGCUGCAAACUUGGGACCGUUCCCUUCAAUGUACAAAAGAAAUGGCAAAAUGAAAUGUUAGUUGUAGAAAAACACUUUGCACAACUCCAAAGCUUUAGCACCCAGUUUCAACACAUUGUAUUGUUGUAAAGCCUUUUUGCUUGUGAUGCUCUUUCUUCCCCCAUGACAGUUUAUUUAUUAAUUUAUUGCUUCACACCAGUGUAGAGGCAAGUAAAUAAUGUGUAGAGUAGAGUCGGUUUUCUAUGUGAUGGCCGAAUCUACAUGUAUGUAUAUUUAUAUAUUCUUAAACUGUAUGUGAGGCCAAGUCGGCCCAAUCUCCGAUAAUGUUGGAUGAAAUUUAACUUGUGAAUCUGUUUAAAAUCUGUCUCGUCAAUAAACACAGAUGUUAAAUACU